UUGUUUUUGACACGCCUUCGUGUUUGUUCAUCAGUUAUUACUUAUUUUAUCGUGUAUUUAGUGUUAUUUUAAUGUUAAGUGUGUGAAUUUAAGUGUAUAUCGUAAUAAUUAGUUAAGUGCAUACCUAAAUUAAGCUUAAAACCAUCAUAUUAUCUCCAAAUAACAGCUACGAUGGCAACUAUGACGGAUCCCUACGGUACGACCGGGCAGCUCACCCUGAAAUGGGAUCCCAAGAACUUGGAAAUCAGGACGAUGUCAGUGGAAAGGACUUUGGAACCUCUGGUAUUGCAAGUGACCACCCUCGUGAAUAGCAAGGAUAAGGCGGCCAAGAAAAAGAGACCUGGCAAAUCGAAACGUGCAAGUGCUCUGGUCGCGACCGUGGAACGAGCUACAGAGAUAUUCAUAGAACGCGGUCAGACGAUCGCUUAUGAAAACCCAGAGAUCACACAGGAGAUGCUCGCCGCUGUUGAGGAAGUGCGGAAAGCUGGCGCGGCGAUGAGCCUGGCGGCGCGCGAGUUCUCGGAGGAGCCGUGCGCGUCGUCCGUGCGCUCGGGCAUGGUGCGCGCCGCGCGCAGCCUGCUGUCCGCCGUCACCCGCCUGCUCAUCCUGGCUGACAUGGUGGACGUGCACCUGCUGCUGUCCAACCUGCGCACCGUGGAAAAUGAUCUAGACAAGCUAAAGUCCGCGUCGUCGCAAUCCGAGCUCCUGGAGUCGGCUCGUCAGUUCGGCAGAUCAGCGAACGAGCUGGCAGCCCAAGCUGCGAGACGCCAGAAGGAGCUGAAGGAGCCGAGGAUGAAGGACGAGCUGGCUGCAGCGAGGGCCGUGCUGAAGAAGCAUUCGACCAUGUUGCUGACCGCUUCCAAGGUGUACGUGCGGCACCCCGAGCUGGCGGCGGCGAAGGCCAACCGUGACUUCGUGCUGCGCGCCGUGUGCUCCGCCGUCGACACCAUCGCCGCAGUCGCGCGCGGACGCGCCCUGCCCGCCGCCGGUUCAAAUCGGGUGCCCGUCGAAGGUCCGGGCGAGCUGGCGCAGGCGCUUGAUGAUUUUGAUGAGCGUAUGGUGAUGGAACCGCUGGCGUACUCCGAGCUGCGCACCAGACCCUCACUGGAGGAGCGUCUCGAGUCCAUCAUAUCCGGAGCCGCGCUCAUGGCGGACAGCUCCUGUACCAGAGACGAGCGCCGUGAACGUAUCGUGGCCGAGUGUAACGCAGUCAGGCAGGCCUUGCAGGAUUUACUCCACGAGUAUAUGAGUAACGCCGGGCGCGCCGAGCAGUCGGAGGGGCUGGAGCGCGCGCUGGAGCAGAUGUGCCGCAAGACGCGCGACCUGCGCCGCCAGCUGCGGAAGGCCGUCGUCGACCACGUGUCCGACAGCUUCCUGGAGACGAACGUGCCGCUGCUCGUGUUGCUGGAAGCAGCUCGGAGCGGCAACGAGAAGGAGGUGGAGGAGUACGCGGUCGUGUUCACCGAGCACGCCAACAAGCUCGUCGAGGUGGCGGGGCUGGUGUGCUCCAUGUCGGGCAACGAGGACGGCGUGAAGAUGGUGCGGCACGCGGCGGCGCAGCUGGCGGCGCUGUGCCCGCAGGUGGCCAACGCGGCGCGCGUGCUGGCGGCGCGCUGCCGCUCGCGCGUCGCGCAGGAGAACGCCUCCGCCUUCGCGCGCGCCUGGGAGCUCGCCGUGCGCCUGCUCACCGACGCCGUCGACGACGUCACCACCAUCGACGACUUCCUGGCCGUCAGCGAGAACCACAUUCUGGAGGAUGUGAACAAGUGCGUGGUGGCGCUGCAGGAGGGGGACCCGGACUCGCUCGAGCGAACCGCCGGAGCCAUCCGCGGGAGGGCCAACAGGGUGUGUUCCGUGGUGACUCAAGAGAUGGACAACUACGAGCCCUGUAUAUAUACGAAGCGAGUCCUGGAGGCGGUCACAGUGUUACGCGAUCAGGUGAUGUCAAAGUUCGCCGUCCGUGUCGACGCGGCGGUGUCUGCGCUCGGAGAUGGCGCGGGCGCGGGCCUCGACGAGAACGACUUUAUCGACGCAUCGCGUCUCGUUUACGACGCAGUCCGUGAGAUACGUCGUGCCGUGCUCAUGAAUAGGACGAGCGAUGACCUCGACACUGAUACCGAGUUCGAGCCGGUCGAGGAUAUGACGAUGGAAACGAGGAGCCGCUCGAGCGCUCACACCGGUGAGCACGGUGUGGACGAAUAUCCGGACAUAAGUGGCAUUACUAAUGCUAGGGAGGCAAUGCGUAAGAUGACGGAGGAGGACAAGCGCAAGAUCCUGCAGCAAGUGGAACUCUUCAGACGCGAAAAGAUGACGUUCGACAAUGAAGUCGCGAAGUGGGACGACGCCGGAAACGACAUCAUCAUGCUAGCCAAGCACAUGUGCAUGAUCAUGCUGGAGAUGACGGACUUCACGAGAGGUCGAGGCCCGCUCAAGACUACGAUGGACGUCAUCAACGCCGCUAAAAAAAUAUCUGAAGCUGGUACCAAGUUGGACAAACUCACGCGCGAGAUCGCUGAACAGUGCCCCGAGUCGUCGACGAAGCAGGACCUGCUGGCAUACCUGCAGCGCAUCGCACUCUACUGCCACCAGAUACAGAUCACCAGCAAGGUGAAGGCCGACGUGCAGAACAUCUCCGGGGAGCUCAUCGUUAGCGGGCUCGACAGCGCAACGUCUCUGAUCCAAGCCGCGAAGAAUCUAAUGAACGCCGUCGUCCUCACCGUGAAGGCGUCCUACGUGGCCUCCACCAAGUACACGAGGCAGGGCACCAUCGCUUCGCCGAUAGUCGUGUGGCGCAUGAAGGCGCCAGAGAAGAAGCCGCUGAUACGCCCCGAGAAGCCGGAGGAAGUUAGGGCGAAGGUCCGCAGAGGCAGCCAGAAGAAGCAGCCGAGCCCCAUACACGCGCUGGCGGAGUUCCAGAGCCCGGCCGACAGCGUCUAAUCGCGUCGAAGUUCAUAAAUUUAAAAGAACGUGAUUUUAUUUAUUAUUAAAUAAAUAAAUUUUAAAUAUGUAUAAUAAUAAACGUGUGACGUUACACUAAUAUCGCUGUCUCGUUCACACCGAUGUAUCGUCAUCGAAUAGUCGAAUAUUCGGCGUAACUCACUUGUGAUUGGUUCACUCAUUCAUAAAAAACCUCACUAGUAAAACUUGUAUAUUUAUUCUCUGUCUCCUUCUAUUCCAUUGUGAUGAAAGCGUGUGUGAGAGAGAAGGCGAAUAUGCAAUUUGUAAUGAUGACUUAAGUAUACAACGUCCGGUCGUUGAGAUCAUGCGUUCUGACAAGUUCGUGGUCGAAUGGUCGAGGUUACUUUACAAUAAUUGUGAAGAAUUUAAAAUUUGUAGGGGGGGGGGCUUUGUUAAUUACCUAAUGUUAAGACAUUAAUACUGUCGCAUUUUUAAUCCAAAAUACACGGUUUAAUCAUUAGUUUAUGAGUUUUGUUCACGACUGUACAGAAGAAAGUAACCAUCUCAACAGCCGGACUUUAUAUGGUGAAUCAUUUAAGGGGGUCGUCUGGUAACGUGUUCAUAAUUCAUUUCACAAUAAGUCAAUUGUUAUAACGUAAAUGUCGUAUGUAAAUUAAAUUAAACUUUCGGCCCCCUCUUAAUAUAUACAGACUGACGAAUCGAAAAUAUAACAGCAUUUAUGUGUACUAUGCAUUAUUUUUGUAUAACAUACGCUUAUGUGUAGAGGACAUGUCUUAGCAAUUUAUUUGGGCAAACGUUUGGCAAACAUUUGGUAAAGAUUUGACUUUGACACGUUGGACAAACAUUUGACCAUAUCUAUGAGGAUUUUUUUUUUAUUGUAACAGAAAG